CGCUAGUUAAAAAGGAGGAAAGAGACCAAAGAGAAAACAUGUGAGCACUCCUGGUGACUUUUUAGUACGGAAGAAGAAGAAGAAAAGGAAGAAGAAGAAGAAGAACUUUUAUAUCUUGCAUGCUACCUUUUUCGUGGCUCCAUGCAUCCACACAGCGAGGGAUUACAUCUGAGAGGAACGCCGAGGCUCUUCUUUUUGGGGCUGCACUUUUUAUGUUCAUCUGGAUAAAAUUGUGAUAUUGUUUUUUUAUGCAGUUUUUAUUUUUUGCGGGAAGGAGCAUGAUAUUUAUUUUUAAUACAUUUAUUUCUAGAUUCCAACUCGCGGCACCUGCUUUUACGUGCUGCAUGUUUUUACUUUUCUUCCGGGCUCACGUGUGCAAGGUUUAAAUGCAAUAAACACACAUAUAUUGCCUUUAUAUAACAUAUUACAUUACAGACAAGGAAAUCGGUGGGGGAUAUCUUGUGGAAUAAUUUUAUUUUUUUUUUAAUAAAAAAAAAACAAGACAAUGAAGCAUUUGCAAUUCGUGCUAGUGCUGGCCAUCGCUGUCAACGUAUGGGAAUGCGGAGAUGCGAAAUUCGGCGAGAGGGGAGCCGAGCUGAGCGCCAGGAGGCGACGGUGUUACGACGGCAGCCUGCCUAAGCGCCUCAAGAAGCGGGAGAGGAAAGUCCUGCUGGACGGCACCGGCAGCGGGGACGUUUGCCACAGGUUGUACCCGCGGGUGUCCUGCUGCCCCACCAGGAGAGCCGCGUACCAGAUCGCUCACCGCAGGGAUGCCCGGAUUUUCUCCACCAACAACACAGAAUGUGGACGUCUGCUGGAGGAGAUCAAGUGUGCCCGUUGCUCCCCCAACGCCCAGGUGUUGUUCCACUCCUCAGACACAGACAAGAUGCCACACAGGGAGCCGGACCUGCCCCAGCUCUGCCAGGACUUCUGCCGCGAGUUCUACUACACCUGCAGGGGACACAUACCAGAAUUAUUCCAAGCCGAUGUGGACGAGUUCUGCCAAUACUACGGGAGACGAGAUGCCAGCCUAUGUUUUCCAGAUUUUCAACGAAAGCAACCGCAAGGCCAAGAUUCCAACUACUUGGGAGAUGAGAAAAUCGAAGAUAUCAGCAGGAAACACAAACACAACUGCUACUGUGCCCAGGAGGUGUUGAGUGGUCUGCGGCAGCCGGUGGCCGUCGUGCACUGCGGGGAUGGAUCCCAGCGUCUCUUUGUCCUGGAAAGGGAGGGAUUUGUCCGGAUACUCACCCAUGAACUCCAGCUGCUCAAGGAGCCCUUCCUGGAUAUCCACAAGCUGGUGCAGAGCGGCCUGAAGGGAGGAGAUGAAAGGGGCCUGCUAAGCCUGGCAUUCCAUCCCAAUUAUAAGAAGAAUGGCAAGCUCUACGUCUCCUACACCACCAACCAAGAGCGCUGGGCCAUCGGGCCGCACGACCACAUUCUCCGUGUGGUUGAGUACACCGUGUCGAGGAAAAACCCGAACCAAGUGGACACCAGGACCAUUCGGGUGCUGAUGGAAGUGGCGGAGCUGCACCGUAAACAUCUCGGCGGGCAGCUUCUGUUCAGCCCCGAGGGUCUCCUGUACAUCGCUUUGGGUGACGGAAUGAUAACCCUGGAUGAUAUGGAGGAGAUGGACGGACUCAGUGAUUUCACGGGCUCCAUGCUGAGGGUGGAUGUGGACACGGACAUUUGUACAGCCCCCUAUUCCAUACCGCGGGAUAACCCCUACUUCAACAGCACCAACCAGCCGCCGGAGAUUUUUGCUCACGGUUUACACGACCCAGGCAGGUGCACGGUGGAUCGUAUUCAGACCGAGAACGGGAGUCUCCUCAUGCUCUGCACGGACGCCAGCGACAAAAACUCCACAACUCCAAGAAUAUUGGAGAUUUCCAAAGGGAAAGAUUACGAGAACGAACCUUCCGUCUAUGACCUGCAGUCGAUUGGAGGAGCUCCACCAGUGGGGGGCUUCAUCUACAGGGGCUGCCAGUCAAGGAGAUUGUAUGGCAGUUACGUGUUCGGAGAUAAGCUCGGCAACCUGCGGAUUCUCCAGAAGUCGUCAAUAACGCCAUCGGCAUCGAGUGACCAGUGGCAGGAGAAACCACUCUGCCUGGGAACAGCCGGCUCCUGCGGCUCCACGCUUGUCGGACACAUCCUGGGAUUUGGCGAAGACGAGUUGGGUGAGGUCUACAUACUGGCGAGCAGUAAAAGCAUGGCACAGUCGCACAGUGGGAAACUCUACAAGCUGGUGGACCCCAAAAGGCCCCUGGCCCCCAAGGAGUGCCAGCGUCAGGUGGAACCUCCAGAGCUGCUGAUGACAGCUUGUUCCCAGCACUGCAAAAACGGACACUGCACCCCCAUCGGCAAGUGCUGCUGCAGCCCCGGCUGGGAGGGGCCCUUCUGCCGCAUCGCCAAAUGCGAACCGGCCUGCCGCAACGGCGGCGUCUGCGUGGAGCCCAACAAGUGCCUGUGCAAGAGCGGCUACUCGGGCGCCCAGUGUGAGAAGAGCGAACGGGGCAUGCCCAACGACCAGGAGAAAGACGGCAUACUGGACCACAUCAUCGACAUGACCUCAUACCUCCUCGACCUGACCAGCUACAUCGUAUAGAGGUGACCACUUUCAAACCCAGACACAAAUCUACCUAGCAACACCAGCAGACUCCAACGAGGUCUCCUUAAUUUGGCCCGCACAAAAAAAAAAAACCACCGGAUGGUCCAUCUCAGCUGCCUUUCAUCCACCAUCACCAGACCUUUAAGUGUCGGAAUUGGACUCGAUAAGCUACUUAACUCGCUCCGGAACCAGAACAGUCACAUGAUUUGACAUUUCUGCUCUCUUUCUGGACAAUAACAAAAAAAAUAAAAAAUAACACGCCACAAAGGAGCGGUCAUAGUUUGAAACCUGGAGACUACACACGGCGAUGAUGAUGGUGAUGUCAUCACGACUUUGCAACUGCAGACCGUUGGACCCAGAAGAAACCUGACUCUUCCAACCUUGCACGGACUCACACCGACACGUCACCUUUUUGCACACUUCCGGUUCUAACAAACUUCCCGUCACGUCACACACUGAAACUCCAAACCGCAAAAGGGAAGAAGAGGUAGCUUGGCCUGUACGUAUAUUCCCAAUAGAGCUUACUAAGUACUACUUAGCAUUGCUAAAAAAAAAAAAAAACACACACAAAAAAGAAUAAAAAAUAUAGCAUUAUUGUUAUGAUAGAGGAGGGUUUAUUUUUGUAAGUGUAAUAAUAUAUGGGAGAGAGUGCUGUUUAUAGGAAGCCGUUUUACACUAAAGCAUUUGUGUCAUUUCAUGUUCUUGUACUUAACACACAUGCAUCUUCGUAUUUUCAUCUUAAAGGUAAACGCCACUUUUUCGGGAAUUUUGUCCGUCAUUCACAAUCUUUAUGUGGAACAUGAACACAUAUUUAUUUCCCUUUUCUGUGCAUUCUAAUGAAAGAAAAUGAGUUAGUAUGAGCUAGCUAACAAUGCACAUCAUUGGGAGGUACCUAUUUUGACGACGAAGCCUUCUUAUUCAUUCAUUCAUUUUAUACCGCUUAUCCUCACGAGGGUCGCAGGGGGUGCUGGAGCCUAUCCCAGCUGUCUUGGGCCGAGAGGCGGGGUACACCUUGGACUGAUCACCAUUCAUACAUAUGGACAAUUAGGAGUCGCUAAUUAACCUAGCAUGUUUUUGGAAUGUGGGAGGAAACCGGAGUACCUGGAAAAAACCCACGCAUGCACGGGGAGAACAUGCAAGCUCCACACAGAAAUGGCUGAGGGUGGAAUCGAACUUGGGUCACCUUGCUUUGUGGCCUGCUUGCUAACCACUCAUGGUAUUGCUAACACAAUAUUUAUUAAUUCAUUCAUUUUCUACCAAUUAUCCUCAUGAUGGUCGCGGGGGGUGCUGGAGCCUAUCCUAGCUGUCUUCUUUGGGCGAGAGGCGGGGUACACCCUGGACUGGUGGCCAGCCAAUCACAGAGCACAUAUAGAACAAACAACCAUUCACACUCACAUUCAUACCUAUGGACAAUUUGGAGUCGCCAAUUAACCAAGAGUGGGAUUGAACUCGGGUUUCAUAGCUGUGAGGUUUGCGCGCUAACCAACGUGCAGCCCAUGAAGCCCUCUUAAAAUGUAUUUUUUUAAAUAUUUUAAUUGAAAGAAAAAUUGAAAAAAAAAAUUCAAUUUUUUUCAAAGAAAUUGAAAAAAAAUUGUAUUUUAAAAAUUGAAAACAUUGAUUAUUUUGCCAUAUUUUGAUGAUUUAAAGCAUUACCAACACUGUUCCGUGCUGACACUUAACAAUGUCCGCUCUCAUUGGGAAGGCUGUGUCUUCCAGCACAUGACAAGUCCUCAGGUAAAACAGGUAAAAAAAACUUCCUAGCAAAAUUGAGAGCUCGGCAUCCACUCUUCAAGCGACGAGUGAGGCGUUGUGUUACUCCGCCAGAUAAAUAUCGUUUUUUGUGUUAGCUGCUACAAUAACAAUUGAAUACUGCUUUUUGGG